ACCAGACUGCUCAGGCUAUAUAAUUUCACCAUUCCAUGUGUAACUUAUCACAGUGCUCUAUGCAUGCACACACAGUAUGGUAGUACUUUGGCUUCUCUAGAUCCUUGAUAAGCCCAACCAUCCACCUUGUAGUAGAUUGAUGCUAUAGAGCUCUGAAACCUCCAUUACAAUGGAAACUUAUAGUUUAAGCAAAUACAGUUCAGAGAGCCAAGAAGUUGUCUCAUACUCACCUACCUCCAUUGUAGUUGAUGCUCAGGGAGAUGAUGAUGGCCCUUUCUUUGACAUUGAUUUCACAAUGCCUCUCUUCUGUGAUGGCCCCUUGAAAGAUAACAAAAGCCCAGAUAAGGAUGGUGAAGAAGAUGAAUUUGAGUUUAACUUCUCCAUUUCUAGUUCCAAUCAGCCCAACCCAAAUCAAUUCAUUUCACCUGCAGAUAACUUGUUCUAUAAAGGCCAGUUGCUUCCUCUCCAAGUUCUUCCAAAUGCAGACAUGGUCAGAAGGCUUGAGGUUGAUGAUGGUAAAGGGUCUCUGCAGUGUGGCAAUGUUAAUGGGGUCAAAACCCAGUUCCCCACAUUGCUCAAAACUGCUACUAAGUUGAAGAUAUCUCUGUUUGGAUUGAAAAAAUCAGCCAAGGUUGGAAUGGAUCUGCAAGCAUCUUGUGCUGAAUAUGGAAGUGGUAUUGAUUGUCCUGUGCAGAAGCAGAACAAGUUUUUCACAGUGAAAUUCAAGGUGGUGGAUGUUCCCCUGGUUUCUUUUUUCACUAGAGAGAAUUCUAGGACCAAGAGAGAUGAAGCCAACAAUGUUUUCCAGAAAAAAACAGAUGACUCUGAUGGGGAUAUUGGACAGAUACAAGACAAUGUGAGGGAUAAGAAAAGAGCAAAGCAGAUUGUUCAGAACUAUGUAAAGAAGAUUAAGCCUCUCUAUGUGAAGAUUUCUCAGAGGUCUAAUGAGAGAACCAAGUGUCCAGAUCUGGAGAAACAUGGAGUUGGAAACAGUGGGGUUUCAGGCUCAGAGAGAGGUCCAAGCCAGUUUUCAUUUUCUGGUAACUUGAAAAUGGUUUACAAGAAUUUUGGUAAGGGGAAAAACUCAUCUCCUAAUAUGAAUCGUCCAUUGCCUAACUAUAAUAGUGAGAGUACAAUGUUGGAGCUGCAGAGUGCCAUUCAAGGAGCUAUAGCCCACUGCAAGAAGUCAAAUUAUGCUACUGAUGCCCCAAACUCUUCAGAUUCAGAAUGUUCACCCUAGUCCUAACAGGCCUUCCGAAGAGGAUGUCUGCAAGGCUUGUUUGUGGAUGCUUAAUGUUAGAUGCUCACGAAGAGUUGCUACAGUUCUUGCAGGCUGUUGCACUUGCUUGACAUCUUCUAAGGAAAGUGAUCAACAGCAGCACACCAUAUGGUCAAUGUUGCAAGUUUUGACGUACCCAAACUCAAGCAAUCAGAUCGGUUUAUACCUUGGACUUUUGAAAGCUCACAGUCCUGAAGUAGGCCAUCUCAAUGUAGUUAUUUCACCCAUUUGUAUUCUACUGGCCAUCCUCUAAAGCAGUAAGGAUGGAAAGUCUCCGACUUAAGCUGUAAAUUACUUAGGUAGAGCCUCUUUUGAGCAGCAUAUAUACAUAAUGUAUAUCAAGAUAGCCACUUUUUGAAGAUUAUUGCUCAUAUUCUCAUGUGGGUAUCUGUUGUUUCUGUUGCAUUUACUUAAGAGUGUUUUUCCAGGCCCAAUAUAUGAAUGAUAUCAUGUAACUCUAUGUAUGUUGAAUAUGAUUGAACUGAUUUCCAAUA